CGCAAUCACAACACCACGCAUCCAUCAAAGGCCAACCCACCAUGCAAUGAGGCCUACUACGCCGUCUCCCCGGCGCUUCUCCAUCGCUGUGCCGACUACGCUGCCUUCGACGCCGCCGCAGAGUCCUCACGCCUCCAACGCGCCUACCUCCCCGCCGCCGCCGGCACCCACGUCCACCGUUUCCGAACCCACCCAAGUCGCCGUUAUCCUGAGAACCCUCGUCGCACUCCGCCGUGGAGACGCCCAGGCGCCCGACCGGACGAGUUUCGACUUGUCGCCCCACAAUUAUACGCGUCUACAGGAGUUGCUUUCUCGCACGCCAGAGCUCAAGGCCUGGGUAGACGACAAGCUCCGGUAUAAUUACAGUGGGGAGGAGCAGCUCCUGGUCCUUCGGAUGCCCGAUGCUCGCCAUGACCUUUUCGCACACAUUCUGGAAGGCAGGCUAGCCGGCAAACUCCGGAAGCUCAUCCCCGCUGAUGACCCCCCCCUCCCAAGUGACCAGGAAUCUGACCCUUCGGUUGAGUCGGAGUCAUCAGUCGCCGAUGAAGAUCCACGCGAGCCUCCCAGCCGACUCCAGUAUUUGGUGAAGUCUAUACGCGCAGCGGGCACCUCAAGCGACCCAAUCGGCGGAAAGAACAAGAAGUCCCCGGAUGCCCAAUUCUACUUCGAUCAUCCCACUUCCAAACAUCCAACACUCGUCGUCGAAGUCGCGAACAAGACGAACGCCCAGACGUGCACCGUCGUGACCGUCGACCUACCGUACCAAGCACCCGCAGCACGGAAGAGUAAAGAAAAGGUGGAUGGGAGUGCAGCGGCCACAUAUUCGAUCUUCGAGCACCAAACUGUUGAGGAAGAUGGCGAGAUAUGGCAUAGAGCGGCCCCCAGGUGCGAGGAUGUCGUCUUCCGCAAAGCCCACCCCAGCAUACCAGGCAGAUUCUGCCGUGUGAAAGGUGAACUCAAACUGAACCUCUCCGACUUUGCCCCGCGCCACAUCCGCCAUGACGAUGACCCCAAUCCGCAGGUCAUCGUUGCCUACCGAGAACUAGCGGAGGCCUUGCGCGAAGCCGACGCCCUACAAGCGAUCCGUGAUCGAAGCUCCCCUACACCACCAUCACCGUUGAAAUGGAAAAGAAAGCGAGAAAGAUCACCAGAGCAGCUCGGGGCAGCGGACGAAGCCUUCUAUCAAAAGGAGGAAGAUCGUCAGGCGCGCCGAGCGAGGACCGGCGACGGACCGUAUCGGGCUUCGCGGGCAUCUUCUGCGUCGGGAAGUCUUCCACGGACGAGACAUCAGCGUGAGCAGGGAGGCUGA